GGAACAAACACACACACACACACACACACACACACACACACACACACACACACACACAUUCUCACACUCUCACUCAUACACACUCACUCACACAGAUACCUGCGCAUGUACACUCACACUGCUGUGCUCCACUGUGAGUGCCUGGAAGUAGACAGGAAGAGACAGUUCACUGCAAAAUGAACCUCUUCUGCUUCACUCUGGAGGGCUCUACAGACAGCCUGUAUGAGCUUCCCCAGAGAAGCUAUGGAAUGCAGGAGUUCAGUCCAGUGCCCAGGAGGAGGCCCUGCAGCCCCAAGUGUCUGGUGGACAGCAGCAAGUGGGGUGGCUCUGAGCCCUGCAUUGCCUUGGAGCUUCCGCAGAUGCCCACAAACCAGCUUAACAAGACCGAUUUGAAGAAAGCAAAGAGAAAAUGCCAAAAGCUUCUGGUGCAUGAGCCGGUUCAUCUCCCGUCAAACCCAGUGUCAACAUCUGACAAUGAAAACACAGUGUCCAGUAAUGCUUACUGGCCAUGCUCUAGGAAAAAAGAUGAGUCAGCUCACAGUAAGAACCAUCAGAGCGAAGUAGGUGUGGGUGAAGAGCCCUACAUUUCAAAGGCCCUGGGUGAAGAAGAGGGAAUAGAGACGAGAGAGAGAGCUCACACUGUUCAGGGUGUCAAUUUUGAGGCCUGGAAUCCUAACAGAGAACCCUGCGAAAGCAAACAACAUGAGGUGGGCGGUGAGGGUGAGAGAGAAGGUGAGGCACGAGGCACGCUAAAGAAGAUCCAGAAACUGGUCCGAGUGAAAAAGAGUGGUCAGAGCUGCACAGAGGAGAGCAGGGAUACAUCAGACACAAGUGGCCAUCUGACACAGACGGUGUCCAAAGAACACAGCCCAGUCAUAACUUGCAUAGGGCUUGCCAAAAAGCCUGAGAAGAAGCUCGGGAAAGAGCACUUUCAACAGCAGCAGCCCGAACCAGCGAAAGAGAAGGGCUUAAUGGAAAUGGAGGGUCCCUGGAGCCCAGGACCUUUCCACCAGACCUGGACCAUCAUGGAUGCUUCUCCAGUAUGGGAACUGUCCUAUCACACCUGCCACAGACCCACAGCUGACCAGCACCUGUACGCCUUCAAUUUCAAUGUGCCCUGUGGCACUGCCUGGGACAGGUUUGAGGUCCAUGGCCUGGACCACCUGAAGCAGGACCAGUCACCUGACCUGGAAACGACAGACCCCCUGCGUUCCUCCAGCUUCGGAAGAUUUGAGAGUUCCAAACAUCAGUCACCAAAACCAGAAGAACAUGAAGGAACAUCGGGUGCUGACGGAGAGUCUCCUGAAGGAGAGCCCAGCAAGGGAGGAAUAGGAAAGAAGAUGAAAGCCAUCUCCUUGACCAUGCGCAAGAAGAUGGGGAGGAAAUAUGUUAAGGCUCUGUCAGAGGAAAUGGGAGAAGACCUGGAGAGAGACCAUGAAGGAGAAGGAGAGGCUGCUACGAGUGAUGCCUUGGCCAAAGACUGCAAAAUGUCCAGUAACUCAGUGGAAAGUCUUUACAGUCUGCACAGCGGCCAAAGCACUUCCAGUGGUGUCACAAGUGGCUCUGAUGGUUCCAGUAACAGAGACAGUCUGAGGCUGGAAGAGGAACUCCCCUACACAGGGCAGUUCUGCGGCCGAGCGAAGGUCCACACUGACUUUGUCCCAAGCCCAUACGACACAGAGUCCCUCAAACUCAAGGUUGGAGAUGUGAUUGACAUCAUCAGCAAGCCCCCCAUGGGCAUAUGGACAGGCAUGCUGAAUGGCAAAGUGGGAAACUUUAAAUUCAUCUAUGUGGACGUUCUGCCAGAAGAGCCUGUGCCAAUGCAGAGGAUGCGAACCAACAGAAAGAGCAGAAGGCCACGGCCCAAAACCCUCCAGGAGCUCCUUGAGAGGCUCAACCUUGAGGAUCUUGCUUCCUCCUUGCUGCUGAAUGGCUAUCAGACAGUGGAAGAUCUGAAGGACCUGAAAGAGCAGCACCUGAUUGAACUGAAUGUGACUGACCCAGAGCACAGGCAAAGACUGCUGGCAGCUACCGAGUGUCUACAGGAUGCAGAACUUAACAGUCAGAAAGAUGGUGAAGGUGAACCUGAGCCCAUGUCUCCCACCGACCCAGUCAAAGUGGAGCUGAACGACUGCCCCCGAGACUCGGGCUGCUACAUCGCUUCAGACUGCUCCGACAACAGCAAAGAGGACGCAGAGAACCACCUGCCAUCUCUCGAGCCACCGCCAGCUGAGGUCUAACCACACUCAGUUUCUACCCAGCAUACCCUUUAAACCUCCCACUUAGCACGUCCGGCCGAUGACCUGAAACAGACCCGGUGCUGCCUGUGCAAGUCAGGACAUUACUUUUGUCGUUCUGACUGUGUAUCCAAAGCCUUUGUUCAGUUUUGAGAUGUGAAUGAAUCCCUAGUUUUGGAUUCUGGCUGAAGAAUAUUCACGUGAUGUUUGCUUAUUUAUGCCAGUGACUAUAGACAGGUGUAUGCAAAAGUUUGAACCAGUCA